AUGACAAUUCUACAUUCCAAAAACCUAGUGAUUCUCAAUCCUUUGUACCUACUCCUACUACUCACUAUUUCACUCACUCCCAUUUCCUCCGACUCAUCACAACCUUUUUACACGCCUACUGAAAGUAUCGCCCUUGACUGCGGCUACUCCGUCAGCAGCACCACACUGGACGGCCGGCAAUGGGUGGCCGACACCGGUAUAAAUUUUCUUUCCCCUUUAGACCAAAAACGCAACAAAUCAAUAGCCACUUCAGCUGAGACACAAUCUUCUCAAGCGAGCUCUGUUCCCUACUUGACCGCACGCAUAUCUUUGACCGAUUUUACCUAUGUAUUUCCGGUCACUGCAGGCCAAAAGUUCAUCCGGUUGCACUUCUACCCUUCUCAAUACCCAAAGUUUGAACCCUCCAAAGCCUUCUUCUCUGUCAAAGCCAAUCAAUUCACUCUUCUCAGCAACUUCAGUGCCUCUCUAACAGCUGCUUCUCUGGGCUCAGACUAUCUAUUCAAAGAAUUCUGCAUAAACGUAGAAGAUGAAGAUCAAACAUUGAACAUCACCUUCACUCCGUCUUCGACUCAGUCGGAUGCAUACGCUUUCAUCAAUGGGAUUGAAAUUGUCUCCAUGCCUACCAAUCUUUAUUACACCCCGGCCGACCCACCAUAUGGCAUUACUUUUAUCGGCCAUGAGCAAAACCCAAUUCAUAUUGAAAACAACACUGCUCUUGAGACCGUACACCGAUUGAAUGUUGGUGGUAGAGAGAUUUCGCCCAUGUUGGACACGGGUAUGUUCCGAAGCUGGUUGAAGGACGACGAUUACGUGUCAAACAUAGGGGCUCUUCCAGUUAACAACAGCUUUAAUCUCAUCUUCACCAAAUUACCUAGUUACACUGCACCGGCCGAAGUAUAUAUGACCGCUCGGUCCAUGGGAAACAACAAAACUGUAAACAAAAACUACAAUCUCACUUGGAAUUUGCCUUUGGAUUCCGGUUUUAUGUACCUUCUCAGACUACACUUCUGUGAGUUUCAAGUUGAGGUCACAAAGCAAAGUGACAGGGAGUUUACUAUAUUCAUAGCAAAUCAGACGGCCGAGAGUCAAGCCGAUGUGAUCGUUUGGGCUGGAAGAAAUCAUGUCCCGGUUUACAGAGAUUAUGCAGUGUUGAUGGUGAGUCAAGCAAGAGAUCAGAAGAAACAUAAUCUUUCUAUAGCUCUGCAUCCUAAUCCGGACUCACAGACACUUUACUCUGAUGCCAUCUUGAAUGGGAUAGAGGUUUUCAAAAUCAGUGACUAUUCCGGCAAUCUAGCAGGACUCAACCCUGACUCAAUUCCACCGCCCGCUUCACCGUCUACCCCACAACCAGCGAAGACGGAAAACCGAAAAACUACACCAGUCGCCACCGUUGUCUGCGGUGUUCUUUCUGGUGUGAUCGCAGUCUCUGUUCUUGGUUUCUUGAUUUUCCGGCGACGGAGAAGAGUUAAUAGUCGGGGUUCCAGCAAUGCAGGAUGGGGCUCGAUCUCCUACGUCGCAACAAACCACACUGAAAUGCCUUAUAGGUCUUGCUCCUAG